AAAACAACAUGACUUUUUUUUUUUUUACUUUUUACACGGCAAAAUGUAACGAAAGGCACCCGAAUUUUAUCAAGACGCCUUAAAGGUUCCCGGAGAUGUGCUGCAAGGACGCCGUGUUUUCUGACGACUGCCACCGAAGUGUUAAUGAGCAACAGGACGCUUUUGUCGGUGAAAGCAGUUCUAACAGUUUGUUUCAAAUGAAAGCCCAGAGGGUUGGAGAGGACGAACACUGAGCAGUCAGCUAAUCCAACUCCAGCAGUCAAGAUGGCGGACAGACCAGUUCCCAUAGCUGAGAGGCGUCUGAUGGACGUGAAACUGGGUGAGCUGGGAAGCUGGCUGGGUGCACGGGAUUUCACUCCCAACGGGAUCAUCGCCGCCGUACGCCGGGGCCAUGACAGAUACUACAACAAGUACGUUAAUGUGAGGAGGGGAGGAAUCGGCGGCAUUGCUAUGCUGCUAGCUGGCUAUGUGACCCUCAGCUAUAUAUGGGAAUAUGACCACAUCAAACAUGAUCGCUGGAGGAAGUACCAUUAACCUUCUGGGAUGGACUGUCGGGCUCCUCCAGCUCUUUCCUUUCUCGGCUCGUUGUGUUCAAUUUGUGACCAAUAAACCAUACUAGAGUUAU